AUGAGUGAAAGGAAAGGGUGUUUGAGGAGGGAUAGAGGAAUAAAGGAUUUCAAUGAGUUAAUUGAUAACUUGGAGCUGAUUGAUAUCCUAAUGAUUGGCAGAAUCUUUACAUGGUGCAAUGCUUUGGAUGGGGAUAGGUGGAGUAGGAUUGAUAGAUUCCUACUUGACCAUAAAUGGUUGGAAAAGUUCUCAUUUAAGCAGUUGGGGCUACCUAGAAGUAUUUCUUACCACUGCCCUAUAUUGUUAAUGGAAGAUGAGAGGGAUUGGGGUCCAAGGCCUUUCAAGUUUAUAAAUGCUUGGAGAUUACAUCCUAAUUUUAAAUCUGAAGUGAGAAAAUCUUGGGAUAAUAGUCAGGUUAGCAGUUGGGCUAGUUAUAGGUUUAUGAAAAAGCUGGGGAAUCUCAGAGCACAUCUCAAAAGAUGGAAUAGUGAAGUGUUUGGAAACAUUGAUGAGCAAUUGAAACAAGCUGAGGCUGAACACCAUGACUGGGAUAUUAAGGCUGAAGGUAGGAACUUGCUGGAACACAAGGUUAAAAGGAGAAGGGAGGUUAGAAAGCUAGUCUGGGAUCUGAACAAAAAGAAGGAGUGCUUAUGGCAUCAAAAAUUUAGAUUGACAUGGCCAACCAAUGGGGACAAAAAUACAAGGUUUUUUCAUAUCUUGGCUAGUAAUAGGCAGAGGAAAAAUUUGCUAGAUUCUGUCAAAGAGAAUGGUGUCAUCUAUGAUCAGCUAGAUGUUAUGAAACAGGCAGUGGUGAGAUAA